AUCUAGCAAAAGAAGGGUUCAACGUACUUCACUCUUGGCCAGACGCCAGCGACGAAUGGCGUCAAUAGUCGCAUGAAGCCUUUCAAGGGCAACUACCACGUCUACCGCUUCUGGAUCAACAAUUGACUCAACCGUAUGGUCCGUAUCUACAAGUUCAGUACCAGUCGAGUCCUUUCUUUAUUGUAAAAAGAAGAGAGAGGCUAUGCCGGUACUCAUGCUACCACUGGUGCUUUGCCGCCUCCACCACUGGAGGUAUCCAGGAUAAGCUACUGAAGCCGCUACGCGUGCUACCAUAAUGAAGGUACGAGUGCUAAAGAAUCUGCCGCUACCCUUGUAAGGGCUUUGCAGCCAGCUCUGGAAACCAAAAGCCAACACCAGUUGGCAACUUUUCAAGGAGCUGUAAAAGCUUUCCAGGGUUGGAUUUCAAUUCAUGUAAUUUUACUUCGAUUUUCCCUUUUGAAUCAGAACUUCCCUCAGUCUUCUCUUCAUAUGGCUUUACCGCCACUUACACUGGGCCAACUUCACUCGAGUCAAACUUGGCCUCCCGGAAGUUUGAACACAACACACAAGAGGAGCUGGGAUAUACCUAUCGACCCUUACCUUAGUAGAUCAUGGUCGGAUAGUCGUAGUCAGGGGCUUGGUAAGGAAUGAAGAGCCACUUUGAUGGAGAAGUCUUUGCUUUCUUAUAAUGACCUGGUCGGGGGAGUACGGUACAUCGGUGUAAAAGAUUGAGUGGGACCUGUGAGGUUGGUCACGGGGCAGCUGACUGAAAGGAAAGCGGGUAGGCAAUUCCUAUUUCAUGAUUGUUCUUUUUCUUUUCUUUUUCCGGUACUCCGCUCCACGAGCAGAGCGAAUGAAUUCUUAACCUUUUUUUAUGACCCGAAGAAAAAGGAAAAGGCACCAAAAGGCAAAACCCCAAAAUGUAAUGUAAGAAAAGGAAAAGAAGGCCAUGCACUUGUAGUCAAACGCCUUUACUCUCCAGCCAUUUCUGCUGGGACACGACAAACACUCUUUCUUUUUCUAUGUUCUUAAUUCUUUAAUUCCUUAAAUCACUUGCAAGCCCAGAGGUGGUCUCACAUAAAAUACAGUGUAUCCGUUUCUCUGUGUUUCCUGUCCCCCCCAAUCCUGGCAGCAUUUUUAAGAUAACCAAACCAAAUCAAACUUAAUAAAAUCAGAACAGAAAAUGCGAUUAUACAUAUCUUAAUCAAGGAUGAGUUCUGGUGGUUCUGAUUUGGUUAGGUUCGUUGAAUCAGUGCUGGGGGUGUCUUUUGGUGACUCAGUGUCUGACUCUGUGGUUGUGAUAAUUACAACGUCUUUUGCGGUUGUAUUUGGAUUGGUGGUGUUUAUAUCGAAGAGAUCAUCAGAUCGGAGCAAAGUCGUGAAGCCGUUGGUGGUUCCUAAGUCACUGUCAGUUAAGGAUGAAGAAGACGAGUCCGAGGCUCUGGCUGGGAAAACUAAGGUUACUAUUUUUUACGGGACUCAGACCGGGACAGCAGAGGGUUUUGCUAAGGCUUUAGCUGAAGAGGUCAAAGCAAGAUAUGAGAAAGCAGCUGUUAAAGUUGUUGACCUGGAUGAUUAUGCUGUGGAGGAUGAUCAAUAUGAAGAAAAAUUGAAGAAAGAGACUUUGGCAUUGCUCAUGGUUGCCACUUAUGGAGAUGGAGAGCCAACUGAUAAUUCUGCUAGAUUUUAUAAGUGGUUUACUGAGGGAAAUGAAAGGGGAAUCUGGCUUCAACAGCUUUCCUAUGGCAUUUUUGGCCUUGGUAACCGUCCAUAUGAACAUUUUAAUAAGAUAGCAAAGGAGCUUGACGACCUGCUCUGCGAACAAGGAGGAAAGCGUCUUGUUCCUGUUGGUCUUGGCGAUGAUGAUCAAUGCAUAGAAGAUGAUUUUUCUGCUUGGAAAGAAUUAUUGUGGCCUGAGUUAGACCAGUUGCUCAGAGAUGAAGAUGAUGUGAACUCUCCAUCUACUCCUUACACAGCUGCUAUACCUGAAUAUCGAUCGGUGAUUCAUGAGCCUUCAAUUGCAUCUGUCAAGGAUAAAUUCUCAAACUUGGCAAAAGGGAAUGUUUCUUUUGAAAUUCACCAUCCAUGCAGAGUUGAUGUUGCUGUCCAAAAAGAGCUUCACAAAGCUGAGUCUGACCGGUCUUGCAUACAUCUGGAGUUUGACAUAACAGGGGCUGGCAUUAUAAAUGAAACUGGAGACCAUGUGGGGGUGUAUGCUGAGAACAGUAAUGAAAUUGUUGAAGAAGCAGGGAAGUUGUUGGGUCAACCUUUAGAUUUGUUGUUUUCUAUUCGUGCUGAUAAUGAGGAUGGAACAGCUAUUGGAAGCUCAUUGCCUCCUCCUUUCCUAGGUCCAUGCACCCUUCACACUGCAUUGGCAUGCUAUGCAGAUCUCUUGAGCCCUCCUAAAAAGGCUGCUUUGCUUGCUUUGGCUGCUCAUGCCAGGGAACCUAGUGAGGCAGAGAGACUCAGGUUUUUAUCAUCACAGCAAGGAAAGGAUGAGUACUCUCAAUGGGUUAUGGCUAGUCAGAGAAGUCUUCUUGAGGUAAUGGCUGAGUUCCCAUCUGCCAAACCUCCCCUUGGUAUCUUUUUUGCUGCAGUGGCUCCUCGCCUACAGCCUCGUUACUAUUCUAUCUCAUCCUCUCCUAGAUAUGCUCCCAAUAGAGCACAUGUGACCUGUGCUUUAGUAUAUGGUCCCAGUCCCACUGGUAGAAUUCACAAAGGGGUGUGUUCAACUUGGAUGAAGAAUGCAGUUCCUCUAGAGAAAAGGCAUGACUGUAGUUGGGCUCCCAUUUUCAUCAGAACAUCAAAUUUCAAGUUACCAGCCAAUCCUUCAACUCCAAUUAUUAUGGUGGGACCUGGUACUGGACUGGCACCUUUCAGAGGAUUUCUACAGGAAAGAAUGGCCCUGAAAGAGGAUGGUACACAGCUUGGUCCAGCCCUGCUUUUCUUUGGAUGCAGAAAUCGCCAAAUGGAUUUCAUAUAUGAGGAUGAGCUCAAUAAUUUUGUGGCGCAAGGUGCGAUAUCCGAGUUAUUAGUUGCAUUCUCAAGGGAGGGGCCACAGAAGGAAUAUGUUCAACAUAAGAUGGUAGAUAAAGCAGCAGAGAUAUGGAGUAUAAUUUCUCAAGGGGGUUAUCUUUAUGUGUGUGGUGAUGCCAAGGGUAUGGCUAGAGAUGUUCAUCGGACUUUGCACACUAUUGUACAAGAGCAGGGAGGCUUGGACUCAUCGAAAACCGAGUCUAUGGUGAAGAAACUCCAAAUGGAAGGCCGGUAUCUAAGAGAUGUCUGGUGAUAACAGCAUUUUCACAUUGAAUCUGCCUUUAAUUGCCGUAACCUCACCAAGUACAGCAUUGAAUUUAUUCAUCUACCAUUCCAAUUUCCAGCUUCUUCUGGACUCUGGAGUCCCAGCAGGGUUGGAUAAGGAUGGGGGAGAAUCUGGAAGUUGAUUACCCUAGAAAUUUAGACUCUGUUGUUCUCUGGCCGUCCCUUUAUCACAUUUCAUUUUCUACUUUUUUGGUUUGAAUAGGAUCCUGUUAGUCUCUCCUGUCUCCUUGAUGAGAGAUCCCCAGGCAGGGAAUAGCAUGUAGUUAGCUGCAAGAUGUCAAAAGGGGCAUAAAGAAUGUUAAUGAUGGUUUGUGCAUGAACCAUUGUGGUAAAGUAGAAAGGUUACAAGGUGGAAAUAAAGCUGAACUUGCGAUUUUGAAA